AUGAGCUAUACAUCUAAAGUAUUUUUAGUAACUGGUGGUGUGAUCAUACGACAUCUUGCUCUGAACUAUGCCAACUCAUCACCAUAUCAGCCUCUUACAAUUUUGUUGACAGCACGUAACCCAACACUAGGUCAAAAUUCAACAACUAAAUUACGUGAAGAAUUGAAGUCUAAUAUUUUAGUAGAUGAUGGUGGAAAAGUAGAUUUGAAAUUUUUGAAAUUGGAUAUAAUCGAUGAACAAAGCAUUAAGGAAGCUAAAGAAGUUAUUGAGAAGGAUUACGGAGGCACCAAUUUUUAUGGUACACUUAACGUAUUCAAUGCUUUAUAUCCACUUAUUAGACCAAAUGGUCGUAUUAUAAACAUUUCAAGUACAGCUGGAAAACCAAGUUUUUUGAGUAGUGCUUUGAGACAAGAAUUUUCUAAAGAGGAUCUAGAUAUGGAGGGAUUAAUUAAAUUAAUGAAGAGAUUUGAGGUUAAAACAGAUAUGGCAGGUGAUGCGGCAAAACUCACUCCUGGUAAGUAUACUAAUAAUGAUACUUGA